AUGUUGUGUCUUUCGUCAACUAUUUUCACAUUCCUUGCUUUAUUAGCUUUUGCUAAAGGUGAAAACUGUGAAUCACCACAGUUUAAAAUAACUUCAUAUUCAACAAAAGAUGCUCGUCUUACAGCUGAAUCAGCAGCUCAAGUUGAAAUAACAGUUAAAUGCAAAAAUGGAAAACAACCAAGUACCCUUUAUGCUGAUAUAAAUGGACAAGUUGUACCAUGUGCUCAAUCAGCUGGAUCACCUGGAAAAUAUUAUCUCGGUGUAUCUGCUGCUACACAUAAACAAUUAGCCAAAGGUCGUACAUCGGUUAAAUUAUAUGAUGAUGAUACAUAUUCAACUUUACGUAAAACACGAACUGAUGAUGCUGCUAAAGCAGUUAAACCAUUUGGUGAAGUUGACUUCUAUCAUCCGGGUGCAAGUUUUGGUCCAUGGUUACCAAGUGAAUUUAUUGCUGUAAUUGGUUUUGGACUCGUUUGGUGGGCUGCAUAUCGCGAACGAUCGAAAAUCCUUGCUUGA